GUGGACUAUAAAAGCUCUCUAAAGCGCGCGACCACCAAUUAUUUUACUGCGAUUUUGCUUUACGCACUCUACAACGACAACAACAACAACAAAAAAAGGAUCCACCAGUGGCCUUUCCUUACUCUGGAGGGCUGCUUCAACAUGAGCGGCGGACAGACGUAUGAGAAGAAGAUAGCGAGUAUUUUGACCGAUCUACCAGGAUCUAUGAGUUGCCACCCGAACUCCAAGGACUCUCCUACUCUCCCCGAGUCUUCGGUGACGGACAUGGGCUACUACAGCGGACAGACGGGGCCGAGCCAUCACGAAUAUUAUCAGAGUCAGGCGUACGGACAGCCCAUGAACUCUUAUCACCAUCAGUUUAAUCUGAACGGAAUGGGAGCUGCCGGAGCGUACGCGACCAAAUCUGAAUAUCCCUACACAAAUAGCUACAGACAGUUCGGACAUUACAACAGAGACCACCUGCAGGCCUCCCCUCCGUGCUCAGUGAAAGAAGAGCCAGAGCCUGAGGUCCGCAUGGUCAAUGGAAAACCGAAAAAGAUCCGCAAGCCGAGGACGAUCUACUCCAGCUACCAGCUCGCUGCUCUGCAGAGGCGUUUCCAGAAGGCGCAGUACCUCGCUCUACCCGAGAGAGCGGAGCUGGCGGCUCAGCUCGGCCUUACCCAGACACAGGUCAAGAUCUGGUUCCAGAACCGGAGGUCCAAGUUCAAGAAGCUGUACAAGAACGGCGAGGUUCCCCUGGAGCACAGUCCCAACGCCAGCGACUCCAUGGCCUGCAAUUCCCCGGCCUCCCCCGCAGUCUGGGAGAACAGCACCCCACAGAACACCCCCAUCAGCAGACCUCAGGUCCCGCAGCCGACUCACAGCUCGUCGCCGCCAUACCUGGAGGAUUAUAACAACCACUGGUACCAGCAGGGAUCACACCUACAGCACCCGGGCACCGUGCAUCACCCAGUCCCGCAGCAAAGCGUGGGAGCUGUUUAUUAACAAAGACUCGGCAGAUUUUUCUUCUCAAACGAAGCCUCUCCACAAUGACUCUGAGGAGCAAAGGUUGCCUGGACCGGGAGCAGGCCUGAAGGGGAACGUUGCUUUUGGUUUUCUGGAUGAUCAAAACUGUUUCAGAACUGGGGUUUCCAUUCACAAAGCACAUAAGGGAUUUCCUAUCACUUGUGGCAGCAUAUUUAACGGACAUCUGGCGUGUCUUUUUUUAAAUUAUUUAUCGCUUCUGUUAUAUUUCUUUCACUCCUUUUUGUAAACGAAUAUGCAAAGGUUUUUUUUAAACAAGUAGCUACAAACCGAAUAUUCACAACUGUGCAGUUAAUCCAUGCUGCAUUCGCAUCAAGCAUGCGGGUUUGUAGCGCGUCAAAAUAAGAACUCAGGUCAUAUUUAUAUGGAUUUGUACAAAACGUCGAAGGCUGUAAAUAUGUGUUUAUAUGCAGAACCACUAUGAUGAUAUUUGUUUGAAAUGGAACUGUGGUGCUUCAAAAACCAGUCAUAUUCAUGUAAUUAGUCCACCUGUUGCCUUCUUGUCAAUUGAAUAAAGUUGU